UGCAUUUUGUCCACUUCUGUUUUCGAAAUUUUUGAAGUUUUCAUGCGAGUCCCUUGUCUUGGAACGUUUAUUGAAAUGCGCAUGAAUUGGAAUGUGAAUGGUUAAGGCUUAAUUUCACAGGGACGGUCGUGAUUUUCGUGAGUUAGCAGACAGUGGUUAUGGCCUGGUCUCGGGGUCCAGCGAGCUUUAGGUCUGUGGCAGUAAUUCUGUGUAUGAAGAUAAUUUUUUCUGAGUUUGAAGCAUUCUAGGGAGCUUUGGGUUUGAUUCGUUGUAUGAAAUUAGUCAUUUUCAGCUGUGAGUUUCUUUUUUGAGCUAUUUUUUUGUGUUUUUGUUGGGAAAUCCUUGUACAUGUAAUAUUAAAAGCGUAGUUCAUCAGCUGUUUUAGCUAUUCUUUGAUUUGAGGGGUUGGAAGAGGUCUCCUUGUCUGGUGCAUUACACAAUCGUAGAUUCGAGCAGAUUUUAUGAAGUGGACUGGUUCUAUUGUGUAUAGUCGUUUGAAACUUUGCCUGCAGCUUUCUCAUGCUCGAUACAUUAGAAGUUCGGAGUUUAUUUAAUUAUUUAUUUUUAUGAUGUGGUAUUGGAUAUUCCACCUUGAUUCCCACUUUUGGUCUAUUCGUUAUCAAAGUACGAACUACAACUAGUUAUGGGAUGUCUUUUUCUGGUGAGAUCAUAUUUGUUGUCAAGCGAGAGAUGAAGUGGGUUUCAACUCUAAUAUCAGGAGCUCUGUCCUUGAAGUGAGAGAUUCGACGUGGAAUUCUGGUGCAGUAUCUAUAAGAGAGUGAGUCGGAAGAGCGCAGUAGCCAUGGCUGGUAGCAGUGCAAUGCAAUGUGGACAGUUGGGCCAGAUGGGGCUGCGGAGGAUCAGUUUCCAAGGAUUGAGGAAGGCUGCAGUCACGCAAAGUAAGGUCAAAGGACGAAGGGUUGGUGCAGGGAACAUGAGAUCGGUGUUAUCGGUGCGAUGUGGAGAGAAAGUGAAGGUGCGCGUGCGUCUAGAUCAUCAGGUCCAGUUUGGUGAAACGCAUGCGAUCUUGGGGUCUGCAAAGAGUAUAGGUGCAUGGCAGGAAAAGGUGCCUAUGACAUGGACAGAAGCAGGAUGGGUUGUAGAUUUGGAGGGGGAUUCUGGGGAGACAGUCGAGUACAAACACAUCAUCGUUACCCACGACGGCGGCGUCAUCUGGGAGGAGGGUCCUAAUCGCACAAUAUCACUGCCUGACGAAGGCGACUUUGAGCUCGUCACUCACUGGGGUUGCACGCAGGAGGACCCUCAAUUUCAAGGAGGGCGAUCGCCAAAAAGUCAUGGCUCCGACAACGGGCAUGCAGGGAAAGCAGAAGAGCAGACUGAGGGCAAGGCCGAAUCUUCAAAGGUUGAGGAGGCAGUGCGUGAAAUGUCAACUUCUUUUGUGAAGGAAUGGCAGGGAGCCUCCGUUAAAGAUAGAAAAGAGAGGUCCGGGAAAUGGGAUACUACAGGUUUGGGUGGACCAACAUUGCAGAUAGUUGAAGGUGAUAAAAGUGCGAGCAAUUGGUGGCGGAAGUUGGACGUGGUCCGUGAUCUCCUAAGUGGGGAGGCUGGCAAGAAGGAUAGGCUGAAAGCACUUAUCAAUGCUGCAGUAUAUCUAAAAUGGAUCAAUACAGGACAGAUUGUGUGCUACGAGGAUGGUCAACAUUACAGACCUAAUAAGCAUGCUGAAAUAUCCAGAAGAAUUUUUGUCGAGCUUGAACGCAUCUCUGGCCAGAAGGAUGUUGAUCUCAAAGAGCUAUUGGUGAUUCAGAAGAUUCAUCCUUGCUUGCCUGCUUUCAAGGCAGAGUUUACAGCAUCUGUUCCUUUGACAAGGAUUCGCGACAUAGCGCACCGCAACGACAUCCCUCAUGAUCUGAAGCAAGAGAUUAAGCACACUAUACAGAAUAAGUUGCAUAGGAGUGCAGGGCCGGAGGAUUUAGUAGCUACCGAGAAUAUGCUUGCAAGAAUUACCAGAAAUCCGGGUCAGUACAAUGAAGCAUUUGUGAAAGAGUUUCAAAUAUUUUACGCGGAGUUGAAAGAUUUCUUCAAUGCUGGUGGCUUGACUGAGCAGCUGGAGGGACUACGCCAGUCCAUCGAUGAUGAGGGUCAGGUUAUCUUGGACCAUUUCCUAGCAAGCAAAGGGAAGCUGGAUCAGCUGAACUCCAGCGACACAGCGAAAAUUACCGAGUCAGUGCUUGAUACAUUACAUGCACUGACGUGCAUUCGGGAGAGACUUUUGGAAGGGCUUGUGAGUGGACUUCGGAACGAUGCAUCUGACGCAGCUAUUGCCAUGCGUCAGAAAUGGCGUCUGUCGGAGUUAGGUUUGGAGGACUAUUCUUUUGUGUUGUUAAGCAGGUUGAUCAAUGCUUUUGAAAGUGAGGGAGGUGCUUCAUGGCUUGCAGAAGAAGCGAAAAGCGGAAGAGUAGGGAAAUGGACACCUGCAUUGACCAGUCUCGCCAUGGCUGUUCAGCAACUAGGUUUGUCUGGGUUGCAGAAAGAGGAAUGUGUUGCAAUUAAGAAUGAAUUGCUUGCCUGGUCAGCUACAUCUGCACGCACCAACGAUACCAAGGCAUGGGCACUGAGAUUGAAGGCAACUAUAGACCGCGUCCGUCGAGUUGCCGAAAACUACACGGAUACGGUGUUGCAGCUGUACCCUGAUUUCGUGGAAAAGCUUGGGAAUGCCCUUGGAAUUCCCGAAAACUCAGUGAGGACUUACACGGAAGCUGAUAUUCGAGCAAGUGUUGUAUUUCAAGUCGCCAAGUUGUGCUCUUUCCUCCUGAAGGCUAUUCGAACUACUGCCGGAGGGGAUGGCUUUGAUGUCAUAAUGCCCGGAAGAGCCAGGGGUACACUUCUUGAAGUUGAUAGAAUUGUUCCAGGCACCUUGCCCACUUCAGCUACUGGACCUAUCAUAUUGCUUGUUAAACAAGCAGAUGGUGACGAAGAGGUCAAGGCUGCUGGGUCAAACGUGGCAGGGGUUAUCCUCCUACAUGAGCUUCCACAUUUGUCUCACUUGGGCGUCCGGGCUCGUCAGGAGAAGAUUGUUUUUGUUACCUGUGACGACGAAGAAAGGUCAGCCAAUCUGCGCACCUUAUUGAACAAGCCUGUUGAAAUUGUGGCAUCACCCGAGUCUGUCCAUGUUGAAUUUCGCGAUGCUCUAUCUCCUCAGAAGCAAGAUAAACAAGAAUCUGUGUCAGAACCCAAAUCACAACAGAAGGACACUAUCACUGUGACAAAGCAGAGCGUGGUGGUCAGAAGCCCCCCUGGUACCGUGCUUAACCUCUCUGAAGCUACAACAGAGAAUGCCGGUUCUAAAGCAGCUGCUUGUGGCGAGCUAGCUGUUCUGGUUGAGCAGGCAAAGAAGGUAUCUGCGGCCUUUCUUGUGCCGAGAGGUAAAGUUAUUCCAUUCGGAGCCAUGGAGGACACCCUUGAGAACAGUGGCUCUUCAUCAAAGUUUAAGACACUUCUUGAGAAGGUGGAGACUGCUUCACUUGAGGGUGGAGAGCUCGAUAAAGUGUGCAACGAAUUACAGGUACUUAUUGCAGCACAAAGGCCUGCACAGUCUAUUCUAGAUAAGCUUUCUGCAGAUGGUUUUCCCAAGGAAACUAGGCUUAUCGUGCGGUCAAGUGCAAAUGUUGAGGACUUGGCUGGCAUGUCGGGAGCCGGUCUGUACGAGUCGAUUCCCAAUGUGAGACUCUCCGAACCUGAUGUUUUUGGCAAGGCAGUAGCGCAAGUGUGGGCGUCUCUGUACACAAGGAGGGCUGUCUUGAGUCGAAGAGUUGCCGGGGUACCACAGAAGGAAGCUUCCAUGGCUGUCCUCGUCCAAGAGCUUCUGUCUCCGGAGCUUAGUUUUGUUCUGCAUACUGUAAGUCCGAUUGAUCAGGAUAAGAAUGUGGUUCAGGCUGAGAUUGCAGUGGGAUUGGGUGAAACGCUGGCUUCUGGAACGCGAGGCACACCAUGGCGUCUUGCGGCCAAUAAAUUUGAUGGAACUGUGAAGACUUUGGCUUUUGCGAAUUUCAGUGAGCAAAUGAUGGUCAAGGGUGGAGCCAAUGUGGCUGAUGGUAGCGUCGUAAAAGCAGUUGUGGAUUACAGCAAUCAACGUCUCUCCGUUGAUACCGAAUACAGACAGCAAAUAGGGCAGUAUCUUGCGACUGUCGGAUUCUUUCUGGAGAAGCACUUUGGCGUUCCUCAGGAUGUUGAGGGUUGUGUGAUUGGCAAGGAUGUGUACAUUGUGCAAGCGCGGCCACAGCCCUGAGCACAUCACUAAAUAGGUUAUUUAUUUAUUCAAUAAUUCUUAGCUGUAUUGUAAUGCGAGGAAGUGGCUGUGUCGAUUGAUUAACAUGGUGCGGAGAUAUGUUGCUAUUUGCUCUGCAUCGAAUCUAGUGUGGGAUUUAUGUGAAGCCACUCCAUCUUGGCUGUAGCAUGUUGAGAUUUUUAGCUUGAGUCAUGUGUUGCAUGGACAUAAGCGUCCAAGUUGAUGCAUGCUCUGUACCAGUACCGCGAAACGGGUAUAGUUCAUAUUGUAGUGUACAAUUUGAGAGUACUAGAGGUGGUUAUUUUCGUAAGAGAAUUAGUUUUAACCCUCUCAUCCGUCCUCUUGUGCUCUUCAUACAGUAAUUACACGGAAUAGUGCAUCCCUCUUUGAAGGAAGGAAUACUCUGCCUUGAUUAGGAUUAUUUGUUGAGGUUAAUUCCCUCAUUAAACUUGUUGCAUCUAUUUAAGAAACCAUUCACUGUAACUGACUAUAAUGUGGAAACAGUUACAGGUCUUGUAAUUCUUCCA